UAAGAACAGACCAGUGAUGGGUCCUUAGCACAUUCUUUUGUUUACAACCACGUCACCAGGAAACGCAUCCGUCCUCAUCAAAAUGCAGAAACAGGACUCGCAGUACUCUCCUCUUUUCGGGGAAGAGGAGGACAAUUUUAAACAGAGUCAGCCUACUGUUAGGCGUCCUGUAGCGUCGUUCUUUCACCUUUUCUUCCGAACGAGUGCCAUAGUGGCGUAUCUACUGUGCGACAUCUUCAGCGGCCGUUUCAUUGCCUGUAUGGUCACCAUCAUCCUUCUGCUGUCAUGUGACUUCUGGACUGUCAAGAAUGUCUCUGGCAGAUUGCUUGUGGGCCUUCGAUGGUGGAAUCAAGUGGAUGAAGAUGGAAAGAGCCGCUGGAUGUUUGAGUCACGCAAGGCAGAUGGUGGGAACAGUGGGUUUGGUGCUGAAUCGCAGCUCUUCUGGCUGGGACUCAUUGUGUGUCCCCUUUUCUGGGUCGUUUUUCUCUUCAGCACCCUCUUUUCCCUGAACCUCAAGUGGCUGGCCGUGGUGAUCAUGGGUUUAGUUUUACAAUGGGCCAACCUGUACGGUUAUGUCAAAUGCAAACUCGGUGGAAAGUCUAAUCUAAGAAGCAUUGCAACAAGCUACAUCGGCACCCAAAUCUUUAAUCGGGCUAUGAAAGAAAGCAGCGGGUCCUGAAAGCUAAACAAGUGUGGGGACACCAAAUGAAAGUGAGGAGCUCGUCGCUGGAUGUGCCAAAUAUAUUGACUUCAUUAAUAUCCAGAGGGUGUCGGUUCAUUUCCAGAGAAUUCUAGGGGAUUUUAUAAUAUGUAAUAAAAAAGCUUUACCUUCUUCACAGGUGGACUUUUGUGUCAGUGGGGAUUUAUUUAUCUGUUUAUGGCUAAGUCUUAAAAGGCUUUUGGGUAGAAAAGUUUAGUAUUUUUUUGUGAAUUAUGGAGAAAAACACUGUUUUCUUUAAGUGUAUGGAUGCCAUUACUGAAUAUUUUGUUUUUUUAACUAAAAAAAAUGGGUCACUUGGGUGCAUUAAUCAGAUCAACAGACUAUUUCUUGAUUUGACACGAUUUUACAAAAGAAGAGAUAAAAGAACUGUAUUUACGAUUCUUCUCUGAAGUUACCUUGUUGCUAAAGAAAAAAUGAAUUAAUAAAAGUUGUAAAUAAGCA